AUGGUUGCUACUAUUCGUCAGUACAAGGCUGCUUGUGUGCAAGCUGAGCCUGGAUGGCUCAACCUUGAGAAAGCAGUCAAGAAGACUGUUGACUUGAUCCUCGAAGCUGGCGAGAAGGAUUGCAAGCUUAUUGCCUUUCCCGAAGUUUGGAUUCCUGGAUUUCCCUAUUGGCUGUGGCGUGUGAACUACCAAGAUUCGCUGCCCCUCCUCAAGAAGUUUCACCAGAACAGCAUGCGGCCCGACUCGGACGAAAUGCGACGAAUUCGCGAGGCUGCCAAGGCCGCUAAGAUCUACGUCUCGUUGGGUUAUUCCGAGCUCGACGGCCAUACCAUGUACAUGGCGCAGAUCAUCAUUGAUCCAACCGGAACCGUCAUCAACCACCGUCGCAAGAUCAAGCCCACCCAUGUCGAGAAGCUUGUAUUUGGCGAGGGAAGCGGUGACUCUCUUCACGCCGUAGUCGAGACUGAAAUUGGCAAUCUCGGCCACUUGAACUGCUGGGAAAAUAUGAACCCCUUCCUCAAGGCACUCAACGCCAGCAAACAUGAGGAAAUCCACGUAGCCGCAUGGCCCGUGUACGGCCCCGGCUCGGCCAUCAAGUACCCCGAUCCAUACACGAACGCGUCCGAAAUCCAAUCCGACCACGUUACACCCGCGUACGCAUACGAGACUGGCGCCUGGACUCUAGCCCCAACCCAGGUUGUCACGCGCGAGGGAGCCCGUCUCGGACUUCCCGUUCGGCUGCAAAACGACGAGGCUGCCCUCGACGGGGAAGCUGAUAUUAUUGGAAACGGCUACUCCAGAGUCUAUCGUCCAGACGGAUUCCGCGCCGUUGACGACCCGGCCAAGACCUUUGACGGACUCGUCAUUGUCGACAUUGACUUGGACGAGAAUCUGCUGACCAAGAAGAUUGCCGACUUUGGCGGGCACUAUAUGCGACCGGAUCUGAUUCGCCUCCUUGUUGACGAGACGCCCAAGACAAAUAUUGUGGAUGCCAACUCUACUGACCCCAAGACGUUCCCUAGCACUUUAGAGCGACUUGGCUUGGCUAAGCCUCUUCCUUCUGCUGAAAACUAG